UUACGUAAAAAUAGCACCAAAUCGAAUCGAGUCACGUUUCGCCAACUAUGGAAUCAUAAAUUUAGAAUUGGUUAAUUUCUCAUUUGGAUGCCAAAAGUGACAGAUUGCCAUACAUUACACUUCAUUCAUGAAUUCAUCAAUUUAGUUGAGUUUGUUUUUGCCAACGUUUUUUACAAUCUCCUACCAUAUUGAUUAAAAAAUAAAUUAUAUAUUUACAUAUAAAAAGCAAAAAAAAGUUAAAAAACAGUCACUUGCUAUCCCCUCUCAAACCAUGAAAUUUAAGGUAAUUUCUUUGAUUGUAAUUCAAUCUUUGUUUAAUUGAGGUUUCUCUCUGUCCGUACUCUUAAUUUGUGAUUUUGUGAUCUCAUAAUUAACCUGAUAUGUUAUUUAAUUUUGGGGUGUGAAAUGAAUAAAUUGCAAUAGAAAAAGGGUGGAGAGACAGAUCAGAAUCAGAAUUAAGCGUAAUGAAAAGAGACGAAGAGAGAGAACGGCGUCGUAUUCGAGACAGGCAAAGAAGGCAAUCAAUGACAUUGGAACAGAGAGAACGACAUCUCGCUAGACGUCGUAAGAAUUAUCAACUCAGAAGACUCAGAAAUGAGACUCGAACAGUACUUGAUGAUAAGACUACUAUUGCUACAAUGUCAUUACAAGAAUCAACAACCAUGAUCAACUCAACCCCAGAAAAAGAUUUUCAGGAUGAUGAUGUUGAUGAUCAAGAGAAGGAAGAUCUCAAUUCUGAAUGCCUAGAUUCCAUAAGUGGUCUUGAAAUUCUGGCUCAGAAAUCUGAUAAUGUAAUAAAGAAGAUACGAUUGAGUCAUGUAAGAAGUCUUGCUCGGUCGUUGAAUCGUUUAGGAGGUGGGGUUGGUGGUGAUACUAAAUUGCAACUUGGAGUUGGAGACAAUGAUUCAGGUAGAUUAACUGCUGGACUACGUUUGAAUCGGAUAAAGCGUCUUGCAAGGGAGCUGAAUGUGUCUAAUACUGAUACUGAUGGUGAAAGCCACCAAGGAUAAAAGCUUUCAUUAUGACAAAGAGGUGAAUUUUCAUUGCCAAAUAAAGAUCAGGAAUGAAUUUCUUUUAGCUGGUCCAAAUGGUUUUAGACAAAAGAAAAGGAAAAAGUUGCAGGUUGGAGAAGGCUAACCUGAAUUAGCUGAGAAAGGGCUUCUUGCAUAUAAAUGAAAUGAAAACUGACUGGGGCUCUUUGACUUAGAGAAUAUUAAGGGAACAAAAUGUAUGGGUUCUUUGCAAUAAAUUCAUAGUAAAACAGAACUAGGUCUAAUAUCUUUUAUCUAUUGUAAGUACGAAUACAUUUCUUUCUUUAUUAAUAAUAAUAAUAUUAUUAUUUGAUUCA